UGUUUUUUUAAUCCGGAUUGCCAAUUUAUGUAUAUCUUUUUGAUUCAAUUAAUUCUCAUCUUGAUGAUUGUAUGAGCUAGAUUUUGUUGGAGAUUCUGGUCAAUUGCAUUCGAAGCGACUUGAUCAAUUUUUUGAAAAAAAAAAAAUUGGGGAUGUAGUUUGUAUUGAAUAUUCACACACCCAAUAAAACAAAUAAAGAGUUCCAGUAACAGAACCUUUUAGGCUUUCUAGUGGGUUUCUGAAGAAAGAUUGAUGAAAAUAAGAAAACGUAUUGGGCACUGGCCGCCAUUUUGAAUUCUGGUUGAGGGAUUGAAGUGCGAUUAUAGGUGGAGGAGGAUGGCUUGUAGGGGAUGCUGGGAAUGCCUUUUGAAGCUUUUGAACUUCAUAUUGACCCUUGCUGGUCUGGCCAUGGUCGGCUAUGGGAUUUAUCUGUUUGUUGAAUACAAUAAAACUCCGGAUAAUACUCUCACUGUCGGUGAUGAUCAAACUCUAGUUCAACUUGGCCGACCCAUGCUAGUGGCUGUGUCUCUGUCCAACAGUUUUUUAGAUGAUUUGCCCAAGGCUUGGUUUAUUUACUUAUUUAUUGGAAUUGGUGCAGUCCUCUUUGUCAUUUCUUGUUUCGGUUGUAUUGCAGCUCUGACACGGAAUGGGUGCUGCCUGAGCUUUUAUUCUGUUUUAGUGUUGUUGUUGAUCUUAGUGGAGCUGGGAUGUGCAGCCUUUAUAUUUUUUGACAAAAGCUGGAAAGAAGAAAUUCCUACGGACAAAACUGGAGAUUUUGAUAUGAUAUAUGGAUUCCUGAGAGAGAACUGGAAUAUUGUGAGAUGGGUUGCUCUUGGAAUUGUCAUCUUUGAGGCUCUUCUUUUUGUAUUAGCUCUUAUUGUCAGGGCUGCAAAUAGGCCAACAGAGUAUGAUAGCGAUGAAGAGUACAUUAAUCCAAGGCAGCAAGCUCGUCAGCCUUUGCUCAACAGACCAGCAGGCCCAGUAUCAGGUGCACCAGCAACUGGCACACUUGAUCAGCGUCCAAGCAGAAAUGAUGCUUGGAGUACACGGAUGAGGGAGAAGUACGGGCUGGAUACUUCAGAAUUUACGUACAACCCAUCAGAAUCACACAGGUACCAGCAAGUAAACUCUCAGCCAACUGAAGAAGGAAGCCGCUGUGCCAUCAUGUGAUCACUUUGCAUUUCUCCAAAACCACAGCAGAUUGAAUUUCAAUGAUUGUUUUUGUGGGAAAAUGGCUCGAGUCUAAGUUUGUCAGAAAACACUCUUCCUUUUGCUUAGUUUGUGUAUCAUUCACACUUUACUGGAUCUCCUUCACUUUUUUUUCAUGACAUGGCAGCAACAUCUUCAUUGUGUUGUGUGUAACAUUCUGCCGAGUGAACAUAAGAAUUUAUUUCUCUUUGUUAUGUUCAUAAUGUAUUGGAGUAAAUGAAGUUGUUUUUGGUUAUGGUGUGA